CUGCAUCCAUACAAUGCCCAUUUUUUGUUUUUGUUAUUCGUUUUUCUAUCAUUCUUUUUAGGUGCUUGCUUUCCUUGUCCAUUGGUUUCCAUUUCUCCAUAACCAGGGCUUGGGAGGGAUUCGGUUCCUCCACCCAAUCUAUGUUAUAAGAAAGAUUCUGCAGUAUUGCUAGGAUGGCUGUCAGCUUCAAAUACUGGGAUGAUUGCAUUGAUCCAAUUGACAUGGGAGAAAUGUGGAGUAUUCCCGAAGUGAGGACUGAAUGGUUAGAUGCUGGAGAGUCUAGAGAACAAAAAGUUCACCUCUCUCGAGAUCCGGAUGGACAGCCUUAUUUGACACAAACUGAAAUGAAGGCUGUGGCUGAGAUUGUUGUCCGCAGACAUUUCGAUUCACGAAUAGAUCUCGAUAUGAUAUGUUCUAUUGCUGAACUUGAAAGCGACAGACAACCCCUUGCUAUGCGGUAUGACCGAAAAACUAAGGAUACUACUAUAGGGAUCAUGCAACUUUCACUAAAAACUGCUGAGUGGCUGGUCAGUGAGUUGGGGUACAGGUCAUAUGAAGGGGAGGGGAAUCCAGAUUUUCUAUUCCGGCCUUUUGUAAGCAUAUAUCUUGGUGCUGCUUACAUUCAGUGGUUAUGCAAUUUUGAGCAUACAGAAAGAAGUGAAGAGUUCAUAGUUAGGUCAUAUAAAAGGGGUCCAAAAAAGGCAACUCAUAAAUCAACUUUGGCAUAUUGGAAACGGUAUCUUUCAGUCAAAGAAUGUCUUCCAUCCAGAAAAUUAUUUGAUAAUGGUCCUUUGUCGAAUGAUGCUUCAACAUCUACAACACCUGCACCUGCUUCACAAACUCCUGGCGUUGUUUACACAUAUUGGGACUCUAGAGCUUCUCCAGAGGACAUGGAAGAAUUGUGGAAUCAUCCUGAGGUCCUUAAAGAGUGGACUAAAUCUGGAGAGAGACGGGGAAAAGUGCGAUUUUCCCAUGAUGACAGCAAAAGGCCCUAUCUCUCACGGGUGGAACUAAAGGCAGUUGCUGAAAUCAUUUUGUCAAAACACUUCAGCACAAAAGCAGUUAAACCUACAGUUCUUUGUGCUCUUGCGGAGGUUGUUAACAUGCGUUUUGUCAAUGGAGUUGGCCCCCGUCCUGGAAUAAUGGGAAUUGACUAUUCAACAGCUUUCUGGCUUUACAUGGAGUUGGGCUACAAGGCUUAUAGAAUUGAUUCUGUUGACGAUCUAACCAAGCCAUUCGUGUCAAUGUAUUUUGGUGCGGCAUAUUUGGCAUGGUUAUCAGAAUAUGAAGGGAGGGAAAGAACUCCACAGUUUGUUGUUCAGGCUUUUAUUGCUGGGCCAAAGAAUGCGAAUCUUCAGGAGACAGGUCCAAUUUGUCUCAAAUUCCAGCAAACAUUGAGUAAUUAUGAAGACACGAAGAGGGAUGAAGUGGGCUGCACCAUCUUGUAAGCUGACAAACAUCACCUUACAUUUUUCAAAAGAUCAUCUGGUGUGAUGCUUCAAGUUGCUUUAAGAAGUUAUAUACAGUCUAAAAGCAUUGUACAAAAGCCAAAAUAAGAUGGGGUGAACAUCUUUAUACAGCAGUUAUUGCUUUUAUAGAAUCAUUUAGUGGAUAUCUCUGGCAACCUUUUCUGUGAAAACUAUGGGGGACAGAAAAAAGGCCAAAACAUUUCUCCUCAUUGGGCACUCUUAGAAAGGGAAAUAUUUUAGCCACAAAAGAUUAUACAAAAGUAAACCACAAACUGAUGUGGCUUGAUAUGGUACGUCAAACUAAAGUUAUUUUUAUUAUAAAGUAGAUCUAACGGAUCUUAUAAAGCCACGUUAGUUUGUAGGUUUACAUUUGUGUAAUUUUUUGGUGUCCGUAGGAGUUCUCUUUAUAAAUUAUGAACAUUUUACUGUAUACUGAUGAUAUUCUUGUUUCAGUCGACAUAUAGUGAAACUACAGUUACUAUUUGGUCUAAUUUUUCACACACACACACACACACGUGCGUGUGUGUCUUAAGAUU